AUGGCGGACCAGCUCACCGACGACCAGAUCGCCGAGUUCAAGGAGGCCUUCAGCCUCUUCGACAAGGACGGGGAUGGUUGCAUCACGACCAAGGAGCUGGGAACUGUCAUGCGUUCACUGGGGCAAAACCCUACAGAGGCUGAGCUCCAGGACAUGAUCAACGAGGUCGAUGCUGAUGGCAAUGGCACCAUUGACUUUCCAGAGUUUCUCAACCUUAUGGCUCGCAAGAUGAAGGACACCGACUCUGAGGAAGAGCUCAAGGAGGCCUUCCGUGUGUUUGAUAAGGACCAGAACGGCUUCAUCUCUGCUGCCGAGCUCCGCCAUGUCAUGACAAAUCUUGGUGAGAAGCUAACUGAUGAGGAGGUGGAUGAGAUGAUCCGUGAGGCUGAUGUCGAUGGUGAUGGCCAGAUCAACUACGAGGAGUUUGUCAAGGUCAUGAUGGCCAAUCUUGGCCUUUUCUGUUAUUGGGUGAAAGCUGACAUGGAUCCUUGGAGUGGUAGCCUGGUCUUCCCUGAUGGCUUCUUCCCAGCUGGUGGAAAGUCAUUGAUAGAGGGAAUAUUUCCGCUGCCGUACUUUGAGUGGUUCCAGUUCAAUAAUGAAUUCACUGAAUACACAAAUCUGGACGAGUGCAUUUCAUAUCUAUGUGAUUACAUGGUGAAAAAUGGGCCUUUUGAUGGCCUGCUCGGAUUCUCACAGGGCGCAACACUUUCGGCCCUUUUGAUAGGCUACCAAGCACAGGGCAAGGUGCUGAGUGAUCAUCCACCGAUUAAGUUCAUGGUCUCAAUAUCUGGGAGCAAGUUUAGGGACCCAAGCAUCUGUGAUGUCGCUUACAAAGACCCGAUCAAGGUGAAAUCAGUGCACUUUAUUGGAGAAAAGGACUGGCUCAAGGUACCUUCCGAGGAGUUGGCUUCUGCCUUUGAUGAGCCUCUCAUCAUAAGGCAUCCUCAGGGCCACACUGUCCCUAGGCUUGACGAUGUGUCUGUGAAACAGCUUUCUGAAUGGAGCUCAUGCAUCCUGGAAGUCCUCAAGAGUGCAAAUGUUCCCGAGGCCUUAGAUUCAGGCAAACCAUCUGACAAGGAGGCUACUGGUGCGGAAUUUGGAGAAAACCUGGUGAAAGCUUGA